AUGAAAGUCACAAACUCUCUCGCCGCGGUUCUCGCCUCCGCCGGCCUCUCUGAGGCCUUCUGGCGCAUGGAGUGCCGUGGUCGCGCAGGCUUGGCCCGUUUGGAUCCCAUUGUCGCCCCUGGCAGGGUUUCUCAGCACGCCCAUGCUAUCUUUGGUUCCAGUGCUAACGGGGUCAGUACAGGUUUCUCCAUGAACUCGGGACACGCUGAGCUAGCUGCUGGCUCGUGCACCUCGUGCGCCGCUGUCGAGGACAAGUCGGCCUACUGGUCUCCCCAGAUGUACUUCAAGCACGAGGAUGGCACCUUUGAGGAGGUCACACAGGCGGGCGGUAUGCUCGCAUACUAUCUCCUCAACAAGGACGCUGGCAAUCCAGACAAGGGUGUCAAGGCCUUCCCCAACGGCUUCCGCAUGGUUGCCGGCGACAGCAACCGCCGCAACUACUCUAUCGGCAGCCGCAACUUCAAGGAUGCCGAUCCCGAGAAGUCUCUAUGGGCCAUGCUCGGCGAAACGAGCCAGGAGGAUCUCGCCCAGCGUGCUGUCGGCUUCAACUGCCUCGACUACAAUAAAACCCCCGAGGGUGCCUUGGUGCGCCACUAUCUCCCCGAGAAGGGUUACCUCGAUGGCAACUGCCCCGACGGCAUCCGUUUGGAGCUCAUGUUCCCUUCGUGCUGGAAUGGCAAGGACUUGGACUCGGCCAACCACAAGUCUCACGUCGCAUAUCCCGACCUUAUUACGGAUGGGUGGUGCCCCAAGGGAUUUGACACCAAGCUUCCCAGUCUGAUGUUCGAAAUCAUCUACGAGACCAACAAGUUCAAGGGAAUCCCUGGCGAGUUUUCACUGACAAUUGUAGGUUUCGGUUUCCACGGUGACUUCGCCAGCGGCUGGGACGAGGAGUUCCUCCAGGAUGCUGUCGAGACCUGCACUGACCCCAGCGGUUUGCUUUCGGCUUGCCCCUUGUUCAACCUUCAGAGCGAGGAUGAGCAGCGCCAGUGCCAGAUUGAGCUCCCCGAGGAUCUCGUCAACGAGAAGGUCACUGGAAAGCGCGGCAAAUCUCUUCCCGGAGAUGUUCCUAUCCGCUAUGGGCCGGCUCCUGCUAAUGUCCAGGCCCCAGGAGCGGACCAGACCAGCCAUAUUCCGGUUCCCACCGUCACCUACCAGCCUGCCGAGUCCUCUGCCUACCAACCCGGCGGUAUCUUCAACGGCGACGCCCCCAGCUCCAACUCGAGCUCAAGCUCUGAGGAGGUCAAGGUCACUGCCCUUGCUCAGCCCGAGCCCGAGCCUGAGCCGACCCCUGCUCCCACCCCUACCCCCUCCGAGGCUCCCCUCCCCUCCGGCUACGAACUCGUUCGCACCGAGUAUGUCACCAACGGCAAGGUUGUCAGCAAGAUUGUCGUCAUCGAGACCGUCGAGUACGUCAUGCUGGCUGCUGCCACCGAGAUUGAGACCGUCACCGUAACAGCCACUCUUGAUGCCCAGAAGGCUCGCCGCGGGCUCAACCACCUCCACCGCCACAGGCACGCGGGAUCGCACUAA